UGUCUAUCUAUAUUUCAACAUCACAAAUACAAAAGAAAGAAACUCAAAGCGACGGCCAUGGCAAAAGUUGGGGAUCUAGAGACAUGCAUCAAUAACAGAAUUAAAGAGAUCGAGGAGGAAGAAGAACGUAAUUUGAAGAUACUUAAGGAGUUGGAGACUCAGAUCAUGUCCCCAACGGAAAAAGGUACGCAACAUCCGUCUACAAGUAUCAACAAGCCAAUUCUUGGGGAUGAUGUCCCAAAGGCUUCAGAUGUUGCACCCGAAGGGGGACCUUCUUUCCGCCCAAAGGGAAAGGGAAACAUGAAACCAUCUGAUGACGAUGAUGAGAAGAAGACCAAUGAAGGAAAGAGCAGCAAGUCUGGUGGUGUGGAUGAUGCCUAAUGAAGCAGCCGUCGAAUAAUAAAAUUAAUGUUGUCUUGAAAUAAAGUUGUUGUUGUGUCUUUUCAUGCUCAUUUCAUAUUCCUAGUGUUUGUUGUUUAAUUUGGUCAAGCGUCGGUCAUGUUUGUUGUUGUGUCUUAAACCUAAAUAAUGGAAUGUUUAUUUGCUAAUA